CCACAGCUGCUGCACGUUUUCUCGUUUCCUUCCUCUUUUACUCGCUUUUUACUGCGCAACCGGGAGAAAGUGCCGCGUCCUGCGCAAGAAGAAGGAGAAGUUGAGAGAAGAAGAGUUUUGCUUCCCGGAGAUUAAACGUAACUAACAGGGAGGUGAAUGGACCUCCACCGGCCCUUCAAGAUGGACGUCUCCUCCUACCUGCCCGCCCCCCUGGCCUCCCCCGCCCUCAUGGUGCUCGCCUCCACCGCAGAGUCCGGCCGCGACGCCUCCGUCCCCUGCCAGGCGCCCAGACCCUUCGGAGUGCCCGUGUCCCUGGAGAAGGACUUGCACCUGCCCUUCCCCUCCGCCUCCUACACCUUCACCUCCAUGUACCAGCGCCAGGGCCCCAUGUCCGGCACCUUCCCCUCCAGAGACUUCCCUUCCUCCCUGCUCCACCUGCACCCCCAGUUCUCCCCCCCUGGACACCUGGACUGCUCCACCCUCAGUAUGCUGAACCACAGCGGGGUGGGCGCCUUCAGACCCUUCUCCUCCCCGCAAGAGGAGAGGGAAUCUGGGCUGUACCACUCGGCGUUCACCCCCGCCAAGAGGCUGAAGAGCUGCUUCCCGGAGACGGAGGGCAAGGAGUUUGACUUCGGAUCCCCGGGAGGAUCCAUGAAGGCAGGGGAGGAUUCUGGGAGGAAGCUGUUCUCCAUGUCCGGCCUGAUGUCCGACGGAGAGGCGUCCUCCAGCCCAGAGGAGAGGAAAGAGCACGGUAAAGUGAAGGCUCUGUACGACGCCCAGGCUCCGAUGUGUCCGGUGUGUCAGGCUGUUCUCAGACCAGCAGAUCUGCAGGAGCACAUGCAGCAGGAACUCACCAAACUGGCACACACACAAAUCAGUGUGACCUCAGUGCAGCACAGCCACCUGAUGAGGACGCCCAAGUCUCUUUCCCUCUCUCUUCAUAUCAAACGUGAAGCAGGGUCUCCCACCUCCCCCCCUCGAACAUCUGAGGACAUCCACUCUGACCGAUACCAGACGUUCCUGCGUGUGCGGGCCAACAGACACACCCGACUGAACGUCGAUGACCUCUGCUGGUGCAGGUGCUACGUCAAAUCCGCCCCAUUACGCCCCCACAGCGCAGGAGCCCACCUAGACUGCAUACGAGCCGUGAAGAUCGGGAAGCUGAAGAGAAGGAAACCAGAAGAUGGACAGGAGGGCUCAGCGGACUUGGUGCCGCUGCGGGACGAGUGGAACGAGAGGAGAAGGAUGCAGAUGUCGUCCUUAGUGGGAGGGUUCAAAGGAGCCGUGUUGGUGAGCUCGACCUCUAAAGAGUGUCAAAGAGACAGCGACGCAGACCUGGACGUGGACGGAGACGACACUCUGGAGUACGGCCGGGCGCAAUACACAGAGACAGAUGUGAUCCCCUGCUCAGGAGAAAGCUCCAAGGAGACAACCGUGAACAGAACGUUGCCUGACUCCAGACUAAGCCUUGAAUUCUCCAAAUGGUCGAAUGACGGGAGUCCGUCUACCAGCAGCGGAGAGAAAGUGGACGGCAGCAGCGCCGGGCUUCCUCUAACCUGCAAAAACUCUGAGAUAGAAAGGCUCUCGGAGGAUUCCACGCUGACAACUCUGAAUGCACUUAAAGUUCGGAUACGGGAUUUGGAGAAGCAGUUGUCUAAAGGAGACAGAUUUAAAUGCCUCAUCUGCAUGGACUCGUACAGCACCCCCCUCACCUCCAUCCAGUGCUGGCACGUGCACUGUGAGGAGUGCUGGCUGCGAACUCUGGGAGCGAAGAAGCUGUGUCCUCAGUGCAACACCAUCACCUCACCUGGAGACCUGAGGAGGGUCUUCCUGUGACGCAGCCAAUCACAGAAGACUUCCUCAGUUUCAACCAAUCAGGGGCGGACUGUGGGCAGCUGGCCUGUCAAAGACCCCCAACCCUCCUCUUCCUCUUCCUCUUCGUCAGUGCACUCCUUCCACUAACCCCUGACAAUUUUGAAGGACAGACGGUGUGACCUUUGACCUUUGACCUUUUCAGCCCUGUACGAUGUCCACGUUCCUGCUGCAGCUUCAACACACAGAAGAAAACCACAAGAUACAUAGGAAGAGGAAACGCUUUGGGACAAUAUUUAUCAAUUUUAUAAUCCUUUUUUUG